AUGUCUAUCCUUUCCAGUAGUCGAACUGAACUUUUUGACUGCUCCUUAAUUCCCCUGCAGAUUUUAGAGAAAUUCUGGUGGUGGAACUGGAACAUGCCAAAAGUGCAAGUACGAGGAGUUACAAUGUGGCUACUGCUUAUAGCUCUGGUAAUAAUAAUUAAUUACCCCGCUUCUGGUAUGGAUAUUGAUAUUACUAUUAACCUCAUCUGUGAAUAUGUAACUGAGAACAAACUGAAAGCCGCAGUAGCCAUGGUUUGCUGGAAGAAGGCAGAUCAGUUGAAAUUAGGUAAGCGCUUAUCGAAAAAGAAUGUGCCGUUGAAAAUGUCUGAGCACUCUGAAGACGCAGUGAAUUACUCUGUGCUGCAAGCGGAGUACAGCCAUUUGGCCGUCAUUGUUGAUCUACAGUGCACAGAAAGUUUCGGGAUUUUAGCUGAGCCACUCACAGUGACGUCUGCACGUGAAUGGAGGCCUGGACGACUUCUGCCACCUGCACCACGCAGGGACGACUUUAACAACAUAGUGCUCAGAGCUGGUGUCGCUGUUAUUGAUGAUCCAUGGGAGCACUUUCUGGACUUGAGAUAUAGACAUUUAAAUACUAUGAGUAAACUGAGCUACGUAUUAACAUGCUACCUUGCUGAGACGCUUAACUUCAGGAUGGAAUUAGUCUUUUCUGAUGCCUGGGGCUUUCCUAUAAAUGGUACCAAGCGGUAUGCUGGGAUAGCGGGAUUAUUGCAGCGUGGCGUAGUUGAGAUUGGAGCCACUACUCUUUUGAUCAAAAGCGCCCGACUCGAUGUAGUCGACUACGCUGCAGAAGCAUUCCCUUUCGUGGGAAACUUCAUGUUCUUGAAGCCAUCUCUUUCCGAAAUGUCCAUCAUAUACACCCUGCCGUUCAGCAGAACGGUUUGGAUCACCUACGCCCUCAUAGUAGCCGUUCUAACGAUUGCCCUGGUGAUUUCAAUUAGAACCGAACAGGCCAUAUCGCCAUCGGAGCAUUACCAUCCGGUGAGGUGGAGUGACGCUGCUUUGAAUUCGGUUGGCAUUGUCUGUCAGCAAGGUGCCUCGGAAAUUCCGGAGAAACCCUCGUCCAGGAUCGUGUUCUUAUUUCUCUUGCUUUUGUCGGUGUUUCUGUUAACGUCUUAUUCGGCGAUCAUAGUAUCUCUGCUACAGACAAGUAGUUCUGCAAUCAACUCAGUGCAGGAACUGAUGAACAGCCAGUUUAAGCUCAGCAUGCGGGAUGUCACCUACAGCAUCACAUACGUCAAUGACACAAAUGACCCAGACGUGAAGAGACUUUACUUUGAAAAACUUUACACACAGCCGUUUGAUAAGGCAUUCACGUCUAAUGAAGUUGGAGUCGCAAAUAUACGUAAAGGCUUACAUGCUUUCCAAUCGGACGCAGAUGUUUACAAAGUGAUGAGUGAUACCCUUGAAGAACAUGAAAAAUGCAGAUACAAAGAGAUCGUGGUCUUUGUGACAAAUUGUCUUGCUUACCCCGUAAGAAAGGGGUCCCAAUACAAGGAACACCUUGCAAGAAAAGCUCGAUGGAUCAAAGAAAUCGGUUUUGUUGGUCGUGAGUACAAACGCUGGUAUCAUCCAAAGCCAAAGUGUGUAGACAAUAGCCAGGGUUUCGUAAGUGUGCGAAUCCAAGAUUUCUACCCAGCUCUGGUUGUCUUGGCUUAUGGUAUUCUGUUUUCUGUUUUAAUUCUCGUCCUGGAGAUAUUUUAUGACAAGAUUCAACUUCGAUAUGGUCAACGAGACAGAAACAGCCAUCCCCCAGUAAGGAACCACGAUAAUACUCUUGUAUUAGGAAACAAACAUCGAAAAUGGAUGAACUAGGACAGUGUCGCGCCUUUGUCAACCGCAAAGGUAUCACUGAAAUGAUAAAACGUGAUUGAUAAGGACAUGUAGCUGGGGUUGUGAUCCAGGAGAGACAAAGUUUGAAUCAUACAGAGUGGGUGUCAGUUUUAAAAAUUAUUUCGCUGAACUUGACAAAAUGCAUUUGUGUACCACAAUUUGUUCCCGUACCUAAACACCACACCAUAAAAGUGUAUGGGAGUGGAGGAAAACUCCACUUAUUCUUAACAGCGGCACUAGAUGGAGAUGAGUGAUCAUUUCAUGCUUCAAUCACUUUGUCGUUAUUGCCCGCGAAAGGACUACAAAUAAUUGUGUGCUGACGUGUAUGCGUUACAUCCUUAUGGUUGUGCGAGGUAAAUAUUUCAAUGUACGAUUAUUUAUACAGUUAAAGAAAGAAGGUACGUAGAUGAAAUUUAAGUAAUUACAAUUAAAAUAUUAUAAACCAGACUAAAAUAAAACUGGUGUGUACCUAAUCAGAUUUCUCAGCCAAUCGAAGAGCGUAUAUGUAUGUAAUGCACUUACUAGUUUCAAAUACAUACAAAAUGUACUGUGA